UUUUAGCUAAGCUUUAAGAACAUGUAAUUUUCAGUAAUUAGUAUUUAUUUUAAUUAAUGAUAUUUGUAAAAAGUUCAAUUUUUUUGUUGCUCUUUUUCAUUAAGUGCGGUUAUUCUGCAAUUAAACUAAUCUUUGCUCACAUUGAUUCAUAUAAAAAGCAUACAUGUAUAAACAUAAACAGCAGUAUAAAAAUACUUACUGACCUGAAAGAGAGGAUGUUUUCUCGGAAGACAAUUCAAAUUGUUUUUCUCGCCCUUGCGAGGCUCGUCUGUGUUGAGGGAGACCAUUCACAACCCGCUACAACUUGCGAAGAGUUUGAACGCGGCGCGCGAUUCAAUGCCUACGAUAUUGUGGACUCUCAGUGGAAAAUCAUAUUCUUCUGGUCUGAAACUACAGAACUUAAGCCGAUUAUAUUUUCGUUGGUUGACAAAAAGUUAGAAUUCAGGAAAAAUUGUAAUAUUCUAAGAAAACUCAUUUUCACCUACAUUUUGUAUGAAACGACUAUGUUUGAUAUACGAGUAUCCAAAACGAGGACGAAAGUCAAAGUUCCGGCUACCGUUUCUCUUUAUAGAAUGUCGGCUUCGCUGAUAUUCUAUAAAGAGAAACUUUUACGGAUGCAAUACUUUUUUUUAAUCUGUGCGGUGUGUGCCCCUAAUGACCACUGCUUUGUUAUUGUUCCAUUACUGUACCAGUCGUUGGUUUUUAUUUCAGGCCGCCCACAUCCGCCGCCGCUGUUAAAACUCGCUGAUUUACGAUUUAAAUUAGUGGAUCGAUAUAUGGGUAUGAUGUGCUGCGAGGACCACACGGCCUUUGUCUUAGUACGAGCUGACGAGGUGCCGUCCACAGAGCGGGAGUGUUUGGAUAUAGCAUCUCAUAUUGGCUUCAAAGGACCAGGUGGAAGAUCUUACUUGUAUGUCAAAAAUUUGACACGUACAGAAUUAUAACACCUUGAAAUACAAGCAAAGAUUUUUUGUUUUACUUAACCUUUAGAUAGUUUUCAUAACAUCAAAAUGUAUCUAUACCUAAAUAUUAAAUACUAGCGGACGCCUGCGACUUCGUCCGCGUAAAUUUCGAUG